CCCAGUGAAACUGGUAGGACAGACGGAAUGUUUAAUGAAGUAAAGUAAUCAAAUAAAUCCACGCCCCCAUUACCUCACUAUAAGAGGCCAAACCCCCCAUACAUCAGUGUGUUUUUUUCUGUCCUUGGGACUGCAGGACAGACGGGGCAGCCAUUUGGCUGCCAUGCUCUUAGAUUUCAUGCUAACCUUGUGUUUCUCUUUCAGGGUUGCAGCUUAUCUGAUGAAGCUGGUGCUGCCGGCAUGUUGGAGGCUCGGAGCUCCUGCAUUCAGCUUCCUGUUUGGCUUACACACAUUGUGUUCCAGCGCCCUCUGGUGGUUUGUUGCUGAACAACAAUGAUUAAAGUUUGUUCAAACCUGGCGUCUGACGUCAGUUUGGGCGCCAAAUUUGAAUAUAUAAAGCCUCCAGUCCUUCCAGGCUGUGCUGUUUGCAGCCUUGGGUUGGUUUCUGAGGCAGACUACUUUAGUCACCAGCUUUCCUGUGUCUGGUAGGUUUGCUGCUUCCUUGGUUAGCUAAUGAAUAGACAUUGUUCAUUCAUUUUUAACUCUUUCUCUGCAGAUAAUGUCCUCUGCCGGUGAUGGGGAUCGGACUGGGCGCAAGACGUCAUCCAAGCGCAAGCAUUUGGCGUGUAAGGAUUGUGACACCCCUCUAGCGGACUCCUAUGAAUUUAAUAGGUGUCCCUCUUGCCGUCCUCCUCCUCCCCUGCCUCCUGAUACGGAGCCUACCAUACGGGACGUAGUAGUCUGGGUAAAGGACUUUGUGGAGUCCUCAAUGAACACCCUAAGGGAUUCCAUGUCAUCCAGAAGACCCAGUGUCCGAUCUCCUCUGAGACCCACUCCUAUGCAGGAGGAAGUCUACCAUACCGUGGACGAAGUCCAUUCCUCUGAGUCUAGCGGGGAGGAAGAAGAGGCUGGAAGAGCUCCUGCGACUGUCAAGGCCUACGCCAGGGUAAAGCGCAUUUUUCUUCUAUGGUGUGCAUCUCAUCAAGUACCAUCUCAGGAUCCUCCAGUAUCAGCUAUUCUUCAGUUCAUGCAGGAUGGACUAGAUAAGGGCCUCAGCCCUUCUACACUCAAGGUACAGAUCUCUGCUCUGUCAGCCGCCUUUGGCAGAUCUUUACAUCAAGACCCUCUGAUUAAGAGGUUCCUUAAAGGAGCCGUACGUCUUAAGCCUAGCAUUUCAAGACCUAUACCGCAGUGGGAUCUCUCAGUGGUGCUUAAAGGGUUGAGUGGUCCUCCCUUUGAACCCUUGGAAGAAGUGGACUUUAAGUUUUUAUCCUGGAAGGUAACCUUUUUGUUGGCCGUAACUUCGGCCAAACGCAUUUCAGAGCUUCAGGCUUUUUCGGCAUAUGAGCCAUACACUUUAUUUUUACCGGACAGAGUCCUUUUACGUUUUUUACCCACCUUUUUGCCUAAGGUGCCCUCUGUGCACAACAUUAAUCAAGUUGUGUCUUUGCCUGUGUUAUGUUCCUCUUCUUCCUCUGCAGAAGAAACUUCCCUCCAUACUCUGGAUGUGGCCAGAUGUUUGAGAAUCUACAUUGAGAGAUCCCGGGAGUUCAGAAGGUCAGAGAAUCUUCUUAUCCUGUUCUUUGGCAGGAAUAAAGGGAAGAAGGCCUCUAAGCCUACUCUAAGUAGAUGGAUCAGAGAGGCCAUCAGAGAAUCUUUCGCUUCCCAGAAUAGACCUCCUCCUGCCUUUGUCACUGCUCACUCCACCCGAGCAGUCUCUACUAGUUGGGCCGAAAGGUCUCUUAUUCCUCUGGAACAGAUCUGUUCCGCGGCCUCCUGGAGCUCACAUUCUACCUUUGUGAGCCAUUAUAGACUCAACCUCAGGGGAUCAGAAGACACUGCCUUUGGGCGGUCUGUUUUGAAUUCCAUUCAGCAUUGAAGUCCCUACCCUUUAGGCUAACUUCUUGCUAAGUCCCCACAUGUGCUGCUGGUUAGGACGUAAGGGAAGCGUUAAUUUCUUAACGUUAAUUUGUUUUCCCUUAGUCCUAACAGCAGCACACAAAUAUCCCUCCCUUUGUUU